CUAGGAGACACGCAGCACUUGACUUGUUGCACCUGUACCUGUACUAGUAGUUCCGAAUCUUCCGAUAAUCACAUGUUAAUAAUCUCGUAGAACUUGACUUGUUGCUCAUUCGUGUAUGGUUCUUUUCCAUCGCAAACUUUCCCGGUCGCUUCCAGCUUCCAAGCACCCAGCAGCUAUACCUUGCCGAUCAAAGCACUUCGAGAGGCCGGCAGAGUGCGCAUAAAUAGUUGCCUCCACCACUCCCCGGGGACAGGAACUACACGCGACCCACUGCGGCCGGGCUCGUACAGCACAUCGGCAAAGCCAGCUGACGGGAAAUGGAAGCGACAGCAGCAGCAGAUAGUAGUGGAGAAGGAGCACGCCAUGGCGGCGGCGAGCGAGGAAACGAUGGCCGGCGGGAGAAGGACGAAGCCAAGAAGGUGUCGUUGUUCGGCAUGUUCAGGUACGCCGACCGCAUCGAUGUGCUGUUGAUGGUGGUCGGCACGCUGGGGGCGAUAGGCAACGGUGUGUCACAGCCCCUCAUAUCGGUGCUCUUUGGGAACGUCAUCAACUCCUUCGGCGAGAGCACCAGCAGCGACGUCCUCCGCCGUGUGACCAAGGUUGUGCUGAACUUCGUAUAUCUGGGUAUUGGGACAGCAGUUGCUUCCUUUCUUCAGGUGUCAUGCUGGACGAUGGCAGGAGAAAGGCAGUCAGCCCGCAUCCGCUCUUUUUACCUGAAAUCAGUUCUGAGGCAAGAUAUUGCAUUCUUCGACACAGAAAUGACAACCGGUGAAGCAGUUUCUAGGAUGUCGAGCGAUACAGUCAUAAUUCAAGAUGCUCUUGGUGAGAAGGCAGGGAAGCUUGUAGAACUCACAUCUGCUUUCGUUGGUGGUUUUAUCAUAGCAUUCACAAGAGGCUGGCUCCUGACCCUUGUCAUGUUAACAUCACUACCGCUAGUUGCGAUCGCUGGUGCAGUGUCUGCACAGAUGCUAACCCGGGUUUCUAGCAAGAGACUAACAUCGUAUAGUGAUGCUGCAGAUACAGUCGAACAGACAAUUGCAUCUAUACGAACAGUUGUGUCCUUCAACGGUGAGAAGAAAGCCAUAGCAUCGUACAAUAAUUUCAUUAAAAAGGCUUACAAGACUGUUAUUGAGGAAGGCCUUAUAAAUGGUUUUGGCAUGGGCUCUGUCUUUUGCAUCUUAUUUAGCAGCUAUGGUCUAGCAUUUUGGUAUGGUGGAAAGCUAAUAAUCGACAAAGGUUAUACUGGAGGGAAGAUCCUCACUGUCUUGUUUGCCGUAUUGACUGGCGCAACUUCAUUAGGUAAUGCAACACCAUCAAUUUCUGCAAUUGCAGAAGGUCAAUCUGCAGCAUACAGACUGUUUGAAACAAUUGAAAGAAGACCUAAGAUAGAUUCAGACGAUACCAGCGGCAUGGUUUUAGAAAAUAUCAAGGGUGACGUUGAGCUAAAGGAUGUGUACUUUCACUACCCUGCAAGACCUGGGCAGUUAAUAUUAGAUGGAUUGUCAUUACAAGUAGCCAGUGGAACAACAAUGGCCAUAGUUGGAGAGAGUGGAAGUGGUAAAUCAACUGUUAUUAGUCUAGUUGAAAGAUUCUAUGAUCCAGAGGCUGGUGAAGUUUUGAUAGAUGGAAUAAACAUCAAGAAUCUGAGUCUUAAUUGGAUAAGAGGGAAGAUCAGUCUUGUUAGCCAAGAACCGUUGCUUUUUAUGACCUCCAUUAAAGAGAACAUAAUCUACGGUAAAGAAGAUGCAACCCUUGAGGAGAUCAAGAGAGCAGCCGAGCUUGCAAAUGCAGCAAACUUCAUCGACAAGUUACCAAAUGGCUAUGAUACAUUGGUUGGCCAGCGUGGCACUCUGCUUUCUGGAGGACAAAAACAAAGAAUUGCAAUUGCGAGAGCCAUCCUUAAAGAUCCAAAAAUCCUUUUGCUAGAUGAAGCAACAAGUGCAUUGGAUGUGGAAUCUGAGAGGAUAGUUCAGGAGGCACUCAAUAGGAUAAUGGUAGAAAGAACCACACUUGUCGUUGCUCAUCGUUUGAGCACUGUAAGGAAUGUUGACUGCAUCACAGUUGUCCGGCAAGGGAAAAUAGUCGAACAAGGUACUCAUCAUGCAUUAGUGAAGGAUCCAAAUGGAGCUUACUCCCAGCUUAUUAGGCUACAAGAAACUCGUGGUGAUGAAAGGCGUAAAAUACAUGAUUCUGGGGUGCCCAAUUCAUCAUUAUCAAAAAGCACUAGCUUGUCGAUCAGACGGUCAAUGACUAAAGAUUCUUUUGGCAAUAGCAACAGAUACUCCUUCAAGAAUCCCCUGGGAUUAUCUGUUGAGUUGCAUGAGGACGAAAUCACAGGCGAACAGAACAAAGACGGCCUUUCCGAUGGGAAGACCAUUAAGAAAGCACCAAUUGGACGUCUAUUUAAUCUUAACAAGCCAGAAGUGCCAUUUCUUCUGCUCGGUUCUAUAGCAGCAUCGGUGCAUGGAGUUAUUUUCCCAUUGUUUGGCAUAAUAAUGUCCAGCAUUAUAAAAUCAUUCUAUGAGCCGCCAGAUAAGCUGCGAAAAGAUUCUAGCUUUUGGGCACUGAUAUGUGUUGUUCUGGGGGUAGCAUCCUUGAUUUCAAUCCCAGCAGAAUAUUUUUUGUUUGGAAUUGCUGGUGGCAAGCUUAUAGAGCGUGUUCGUACUCUGUCAUUUCAAAAUAUUGUGCGCCAAGAAGUUGCUUGGUUUGAUAAUCCCUCAAAUUCCAGUGGGGCACUUGGUACGCGGCUCUCAGUUGAUGCAUUAAAUGUCCGGCGCUUAGUAGGAGAUAACCUAGCUGUUAUGGUGCAGUCUGCAGCUGCACUAAUCACUGGUUUUGUCAUAUCGUUUACGGCUGACUGGAGGCUUGCCCUGGUUAUAACUUGUGUCAUCCCUUUAGUGGGUAUACAGGGUUAUGCUCAAGUGAAGUACUUGAAAGGGUUUAGUGAAGAAUCUAAGGAGAUGUAUGAAGAUGCAAGUCAAGUUGCAACUGAUGCUGUUGGUAGUAUCAGAACUGUAGCAUCUUUCUGUGCAGAGAAAAGAGUGAUUACAACAUAUAACAAGAAAUGUGAAGCUUUACGGAAACAGGGAGUUCGAAGUGGAAUCGUUGGUGGGCUUGGUUUUGGUUUCUCAUUCUUGGUGUUAUAUCUUACGUAUGCUCUAUGUUUCUAUGUUGGUGCACUGUUUGUACGUCAGGGAAAAACUACCUUUGCAGAUGUUUUCAGAGUAAGAUUUCCAGACCAUUUGAAGUUAAAAUUUGUGUAUGGGUAUUGGCUUCUAAUAAAAGUAACAAAUUCAUUGUAUGUUCUUCAGGUAUUCUUUGCUUUAGUUUUGGCAGCUGUUGGGGUGUCACAAGCGAGUGCAUUGGCAUCUAAUGCAACAAAGGCCAGGGAUUCCGCCAUUUCUGUUUUCAGUAUUCUAGAUCGGAAGUCCAAAAUCGAUACAAUUAGCGAUGAGGGUCUGAUGUUGGAAAAUGUCAUCGGCGAUAUCGAUUUCAUUAAUGUCAGUUUCAAGUACCCAUCACGUCCUGAUGUCCAAAUAUUCAGUGACUUCACGUUGCACAUUCCUUCCAGAAAGACCAUAGCACUCGUCGGGGAGAGCGGUAGUGGCAAGUCAACAAUAAUUGCUUUACUGGAGCGUUUCUAUGAUCCUGAUUCUGGUAGGAUCUCACUAGAUGGAGUCGAAAUUAAGAGCUUAAGAAUAAGCUGGUUAAGAGAUCAGAUGGGGCUGGUAGGCCAGGAGCCAGUGCUUUUCAACGACACGAUCCGUGCCAACAUAACAUAUGGGAAACACGGAGAGGUGACAGAGGAAGAAGUCACGGCUGUGUCCAAGGCAGCCAAUGCUCAUGACUUCAUAUCAAGCUUGCCGCAAGGAUACGAUACCCUGGUUGGCGAGAAAGGAGUGCAACUAUCUGGUGGGCAGAAACAGCGGGUAGCCAUCGCAAGGGCCAUCAUAAAGGACCCUAAGAUACUACUACUUGAUGAGGCAACCAGUGCCCUGGAUGCGGAAUCGGAGCGCAUCGUUCAAGAUGCGUUGGAUCGGGUCAUGGUCAGCAGGACCACCAUAGUGGUGGCGCACCGCCUCUCCACAAUUAAAGGGGCUGAUAUGAUUGCAGUCCUCAAGGAAGGCAAGAUUGCAGAAAAGGGAAAGCAUGAGGCCCUCAUGCGAAUCAAGGGUGGAAUAUAUGCUUCGCUAGUAGAACUUCGCUCAAAUUCUUAGUAGAGUUGUGUAUCUUUUGAAUAUGUGUAUAUUAGUUCCUAGUACGACUAAAUACAACUAUCUUUAUGAUUUGAGAA